AUGUUACAACGUAAAUUAAAAUGGAAAACUUUUUUGAAAAACAAUCGAUUCUUAGCUGAUUUAUAUCGAGCAACCAAAAGUACCGAACAGGCUAAACAAGAAUGGAAAUGGAUCAGUCAAGAGCUACGGGAACUUUGUCCAAAAGACAGUAAACUGCAAAUUCAACGAAAAAUUAUACAAGCCUGCAAACUUCGUGGUCGUAAAUACCCAUUACAGUAUAUAUUACAAACACAACCCUUUGGUUCUUUAGAUAUACAAUGCAGACCAGGAGUUCUGAUUCCCCGAUGGGAGACAGAGGAAUGGGUAGAGAGGACGAUUCCCUUGUUGAAUUCGUUGUCGGUUCCAAAUCCCAUACGCAUCUUGGACUUGUGUACAGGUUCCGGGUGCAUUAGCAGCUAUGUUUCGACGUCUCUCAAGCGUCCUCAUCAUCUCCAUGUUGUCGAUAAUUCCUCAAAAGCUCUUCAUAUAGCAGCUAAAAACCUGCUUACUUGCAAGCACGACAGCUCUACGCUGGAUACUCAAUUUCACAAAAUCAAUGUUUUAUCUGCACAGAAAGCGAUGUUUGAUUUAUUGAAAGAUUGUCAUGUUGUCUUAUGCAACCCACCGUAUAUAUCACCAACCGAGUUUCAUACCAACACGGACCUAAGUGUUAAAAGGUACGAGCCAAGACAUGCGCUUGUAGCUCAAGAGGACGGUAAUCAGUUUUAUAAAGUCAUUGCGUCUUAUGUGUUUGAACUGUUGAAGGACCCAUUCCUUACGAAAGAUGCCUUGAGAUAUCUCGCUUUUGAAAUUGGUUCUUCUAAACAAGCCAACUAUGUCAAGAAUCUGUUCUCAGGCAGCGUCUUUGAUGCUACGAUUUGGAAAGACUCUGCGAACUUGGACCGCACAGUAAUUGUUCAGCGAAAGGAAAUUGAUGCCAAAAGCAUUGUUGAAAAUCGAUAG